AUGCCUGCUGGCUGCUCCUCGGCCAUCCUGUCGACUUUGCUGGGCCGGUUGUGCUUGGAGGAUUGCGAGGCCUGCACGGCAGCCUGGCAAGCCAAGUCCUUGGCUGAGACCCUGCAGCUGGUACAGGUGGCAUCCAUGCUGCAGCUGGAGAUUAUGCCGGAGCUCAGUAACUUGGUUUGGCAGGCCAUGGCCAACGGCGCGGACGCGUCGGAGCUGGAAGCGGCUUGCGCUAAGCUCCAGUUGCCGGAGAGCAUCCAGGAGAUUGCUGCCUCAGCGAGGCCGCCCUCUCCAGAACCGGCUGCGCUGCCAGACUCAGACCAGGUGAGAGGGAUGAUCUCCAGCGCUUUGCACACCGCAGAUGGCAAGGUAUGGCGGGUGGUGCAAAAGGUCAUCGAUCGACGUGAGGCCUGGCCACGGCUUGCCAAGGAAAACGCGACCUUGUUGCUGGCCUUCGCGGAAGGCGCGCAUGGAAGUAUCCGGGCGAUGCCUCACACCGGCUUCUUCUGGGGUAGCCGGGACUUCCUCUAUUUGGUUUGCAGAUACAUCCGCACAAGGCCAGAGUUCUUUGCUGCAAUGGUCACGGCCAUGUUUGAGCAGGUGUACAGCAUGGACCCCGAGUUGCCCGCGGAAGUCAUUGAUGCUGUGUUCAAGGAGCUGCUCAUUCACGAGGGUCUGACGUUCGCCCAGUGCGAGCACGUCAUCGCCAAGCUCAUGCAGCGAGGGGAGCAGAUGGAGUAUCUCUUUCACGAGUGGUCCGGAGUUUUUCCAUCACUGCCUGCACUCGCCCGCAAGGCCCUCGCCAAGGGUUUGCUGCCCGAGAUCGGCCGCUGUCCUCAUGCGGCCCUGGACUUUGUGCUGAAGGAGUUAGAUGUGCUUCCUGAAGCUGAAGGCAAGCGCGGCAGCUGGUGCCAACGGCGAAGAGGUUCGGGCUUGCAAUGGCCGCUCCGAUGGCUGACAGGGAAGUGA